UGAACAAUCAACGUCUUGUAUAAAAUCGAUUAUGGAAGGUGAUGCUUCACCAUCGUGGCCUAUUAUUCUAUGUGUAUCAAACAUAAUUGAUGAUAAAUCAUUAUCAACACCAUCACUUGAAUUAACCGAUGGAAUAUAUAAAAUUUAUGCAUAUAUUGAUCCACCACUACAAAGGGCCAUAGAUAAGUCUAAAAUAAUAAUAGGUUGCAAACUUGAGAUAUGUGGUGCAAGGAUUUAUAGAAAAUCUGUUGAAAAAACAUCCAUAUUAGAUGCAAAUUCUAUUUAUUUAAGAAUAUCUGGAAAUUCUACUAAACUGACUGAUUUUAAUUCUAAACUUGGAUUUGGAAAACUUAAAUCAUUUACUUUAUUAAAUAGUCUUACACCAGAUGGUGGAUAUAUCGGUGGAAUUGAUGUUAUAGUAAUCCAAAAAUACCCAUUAUAUCGUGAAACAACUAAGGAUGGACUGUAUAUCAUACGUAAUGAAGAAGAUGAAAAAUUAGUUCAGAGAAAAUUUACUGAACAGUUACAAAACAAAGUAUUACCAAUUCUUGAAAAGUGUAUUCCAGAAAACUUAAACGAAACAGAUAAAUGGAUUAAUGAGCAAUUAAAAUUAAUAGAUUUUAAAUCUGUACGUUCUGUUGUUCCAUUCUUCAAAGUACGUGUGUGUGAUUAUAAUAUUCAAUCUAAAAUUCAAUCUAGGGAAGCAUUAAUAACUGUAUGGCGUCCUAAUAGUUCUUUAUAUGAUUCUAUUGUUGAAGGACAAAGAAAUCAAAUAUGUUCAUUAAUAGCAGUCAAUAAUCAAUCAUAUAAUCCAAAUUUAUUAACAGAAAUUCCUUUAAUUCAUUUAUCAUCAAUGGGUAAUACAACAGUAUGGAAAGAACAAAAAGCUGAUUUAAAUAAUAUUAGAAAUUCUUUAUAUAAUCCAU